UACCCUGAACAGUCCGUUUACCUGUCAGUCAUUCAGUGAUCAAUCGGUUGCUAACUCUGCACAACAGAGCUGAAAUAUUAAUCAGAUUCGUAUUAUUUAUUAUUUGUUAAGACGAAAAGCUUCGUAAUGUCUGUACCAAAGAAAGGAGAUUUAACUGACACAGAAAAAGAGCUGCUUGUGAUUAUUGCUGCAGGUAACGUGCAGGAAGCUUCCAGGUUACUGGGAUCUAAAGAUGUAAGGGUUAACUGUCUGGAUGAGUAUGGCAUGACGCCUCUCAUGCACGCUGCAUAUAAAGGGAAGGCAGAUAUGUGCAAACUGCUGCUUCAACAUGGGGCAGACGUCAACUGCAACGAACAUGAACACGGCUACACGGCACUCAUGUUUGCGGGGCUGUCAGGGAAGACAGACAUUACCUGGAUGAUGUUGGAUGCUGGAGCAGAGACGGAUGCGAUUAACUCGGUUGGCAGAACAGCUGCACAAAUGGCGGCAUUUGUUGGGCAGCAUGACUGCGUGACUGUCAUUAAUAACUUCUUUUCACGGGCGAGGUUGGACUACUACACAAAAGCCCAGGGGCUGGAGAAAGAACCAAAACUCCCCCCGAAACUCUCUGGACCGCUGCACAAAAUUAUCAUGAGUACCAACCUCAACCCUGUAAAGAUAGUAAUACUGGUGCAGGAAAACCCUCUGCUGAUGGAUGUGGAGGCGCUGGAGAAGUGUCGCAAGGUUUUGGAGCUGAUCUGUGAGAAGUGUGUCAAGCAGCAGGAAAUGAACGAGGUGUUGGCCAUGAAGAUGCACUACCUCAGUUGUGUGCUCCAGAAAUGCGGCUCUUUUCUCAAAGAUCGUCAAGACAAACUUGAUAGUCUCAUUAAGAGUCUUCUGAAAGGCAGAGACGGUGACGGAUUCCCGGUAUUCCAGGAGAAGUUCAUUCGGGAAUGCAUCAGAAAAUUUCCGUACUGUGAUGCCACACUAUUGCAACAGCUUGUGCGGAGUAUAGCUCCUGUGGAGAUUGGGAAUGACCCUACAGCUCUGUCAGUGCUCACCCAGGCCAUUACGGGGCAGGUGGGCUUUAUGGAUGCAGACUUCUGCACCUCCUGUGGGGAGAAGGGAGCGGAAAAGCGAUGCUCCAUUUGCAAAAUGGUCAUCUACUGUAACCAAGCUUGCCAGAAGCUGCACUGGUUCGCGCAUAAAAAGAUCUGUAAGAUGUUACAGGAACAGAGAGAGAAACAUGAAGCUGACUCAGCCUCUCGACUACAGAAAUCACCCAAAGCCGAGGGGAAGCCUUUGGAGGAGACUAUGGAAGAUCUCUCCGUCAGUCAGAAUGAGACCAACACCCCUUCGGAUAACCAGACCGAGGAAGUGAACUCGGAUACAGUCUCUCUUAAUGUAGCCUGAGCGAUGAAGAUUUUGACCUGUAGACAUGGAUUCAAACCAGCGACUGUCUUCAUCGUCAUCAUCAGAGAUCCAUCUAAGCCAAAGGAGAGCACAUCCACGAUGUGUGUAGUCCAAAGGUACCGAGAACCUUCUUUAUGGAAGAUGUUAUCCUGAAGCACAGAACAUGGGAUGCACACAAAUGCACAAGAUGAAGGGAUCAUGAGAGACAAUUUAACAUUUAAGUUGAAAAUAUUUGUAUUUAUGUUUGUGAAAAUUAUAGUGAUUUAGUAUCGAGUGCUUCAGGAAAGAUAUUGUAAUAUAUUGCUACAAGACAUCGAAGCCUAUGCCUUAAUUUUCAGUCUGUUAUAAAUUAAGUUAACUGUUGUUACCCUUUUUUUUUGAUAAACAUAUACCAGAUUUCUUACAGCUGUUACAAAAAUGCCUAACUUAAACACACUCGGUAGUCUUGAGAAUGUUUAUUGACAUCCAAAUGACGGCGUGAGAGGCGUCUGCUGUUUUUCAACUCGCUGGCCUUGUCAAAUUAGCGGUUAGACAAAGGUGUCCGUUGUGCACGCAAGAGUGAUGGUGAAACCGACAGCGGGGUUCUGGAUCUCGUCUUAGGUUGACAGUUAGUAUGUCAGCUGCCGGUUCGAUCGAGGCUUUACUUGGUUCCACUGUGCCAUUCUGGUUCCACUCCAGUCCAUAAUCCUGACCUGUACGAUGGACUUUUGAGUCAGUGUGAUCACUGAUGGCUUUUCUGUGCUAUCAGAAAAGCAACUAAAGAAAAAACACAGAUGCCUGUUAUAUUUUUUUAUAACAUUUGACUCAAAAUCGAAACAUCCAUGUAGCACUGACGUUGUACACCUGUUCCUUGCACCAUGUUGACCUGCAAUAAUAAAAUUAUAAUAAUCUGUUAAACUUCA